GAGUCUCAGAAACAGGAUCAGGGGCAGGAGAAGGAGACACACACAAACAUAAGGGACUCUGUCAUUAAGAGAGAGAGAGAGAGAGACAGACACAUAGAGGGACUCUGACAUUGAGAGGAGGUGAGACACACAGAGAGAGAGACACGUGCACAGAUACAGAAAGAGACUCUGUCCUUGAAAGGAGGAGAGACAGAGGCAGACACCCAGAGGGACUCUGUUAUUGAGAGGAGAAACUGUCGGAGAGAGAAGGAGAGGCAGAGGCGAAGACACUCAGCCUUGUGCUCUGAGAAAUACUGACUCUUCUGAGUCUUGCACUGAGACGGCGACAGAGCAGCUGAGGCUGAGAGAACCCGCCAACAUGGUCAGCGUCUUCCUGUUUGUGCCAAACCUCAUUGGUUACAGCCGCAUCAUUCUGGCCCUGAUUGCGUUUUACUUCAUGCUGAGUGACCCAGUGUUGGCCACGUGCUUGUACCUGCUCAGCUCCCUCCUGGACUCACUGGACGGACAUGCUGCGCGCUUGCUGAACCAAUGUAGCAAGUUUGGAAUGAUGUUGGAUAUGUUGACUGAUCGAUGUUCCACCAUGUGCUUGCUGGUGAAUCUCUCCCUCCUGUACCCUCGCUACGUCUUCCUGUUUCAGCUCAGUAUGAUCCUGGACAUCAGCAGCCACUGGUUACACUUGCACAGCGCCAUGAUGAAGGGGAGCAGCAGCCACAAGAAGAUUGACCUGAGUGGAAAUCCCAUUCUCCGUGUUUACUACACCAAUUCGGUAAGGCCACUGUCAGCGAGGGGGUGGGUUGUGGGGGGACCACUUCCUGACACCACAAUAAAUAGGAACAAGAAUAGGCCAUUCGGCCCCUCGAGCCCUCUGUUCUGUUGUGCCUGA